AUGGUAUCAUACGGCCGGCCCAGACCCUUAAUUGUUCACCACCUUCUGGUGUUUGGACCUGUGGCUGGAUGCUCAUGGCCCAUUGAUGGUCUUCGUGGGCACACUGUUGGUGAAAUCAGGCUGAUUCUGCAUCCUGUUGGCAAGCCUCACACAAACUGGUCGUGGAAAGACCGCUUCAUCGCCUAUGUGUAUCGCUUCGACUUUGUUCUGCAAGGCAGAGGUGAUCUUACGCAACUCAGGGCACCUGUCAACCUUGUACCUCGCUUUGGUGCAAGUGCGGACAAUCAGCUCACCCCAUACAACAGUAUGAAACAUGCUUCAGAAUUUUGGCUUAAUAAAUACUGGGACAAAAACACAUUCUUUCCUCUCUUCAUGACAGUUGACAACGGAAUUAAGCUUUCCUCCUUACUCUCCAUCCCUGACGUCAGCGAUGUUCAUACCAUGAACAAGAUCACCUCUGACAAACUAAAUCGUUUGGUAAUGCAUGAGGAUGCACCAGAGGUGUCGCAACCGCUAGGACACUUACUAUCUCAUAUCUUCCAGCCUUUCAAAGUUCCUCUCCCUGAUGUGUCUGAACUCCAAAUUCCCCUAAAAAAAAUCAUCUAUCCCAACCAACGUGUCAGAUCACUAUACCACGACUUAUCGCCUGAUUCCCUUGUACCACUGUACGACACUGCAACGAGCACUUGGAACUGGAAUCUUCCAGUUGACCCUCCUAGAGACGACUCAGACUCAGACACCAGUGGGACUCCAGUGAAUCCGGACCCAGAGGCUGCAGAGAGUGCAACUUACGAAGAAAUCAUUGCAUCUUUUAUCAAUGCUCUUGCUGGUUGUUUAUUAGCAUCACAACCCCUGCUCGAACGCGAGUGUUAUGCCACUCGCACAUGGAGUGCAGCCAGUGCUCACAAGGUGUUGCCUGACACCAAGUGGCACCCCAGCUAG